UAGAACAUCGUUUACGAGCAAGUUGAAUAGAAGUUUUUAUUUUAAUAGAAUCACACAUCAGUAUAAAUUUACUUGUUAGUAACGUUGAUAUAAUAUCACGCUGUGGAAAAUGCUAGAAAUAACAUGCAAUGAUCGUCUUGGAAAAAAAGUUAGAGUUAAAUGUAAUCCAGAUGACACAAUAGGCGAUUUAAAAAAAUUAAUAGCCGCUCAAACUGGAACUCAUUGGGAAAAAAUUGUUCUAAAAAAAUGGUACACUAUAUUUAAGGAUCACAUAAAAUUACAAGAUUAUGAAAUUCACGAUGGUAUGAAUUUAGAACUUUAUUAUCAAUAA